AUGAAAUCGAUCGAUAUACUCGUCUUAUUCUUCUACUUCUACACAAUUGAUGGCUUACCGCAAGUACGUGUGCGACCUCAAACAGCGGUUAUUCCAUCAUCAUCUGAAGCACAUUUAAUAUGUGAAAGUAACGAUACACCGUUUCUUUCGGUUGCCUAUUGGACUCAUGUUGGCCAACGUAUUGAAUUGAAUCCAUCGAUAAUUGAAAUGCAUGAUAAUGAAUUACGUAUAUUUCAAUUCGGCGAUACUGCUUAUACACAACCAGGCGCUUACGCUUGUGUUGUUUCAACCGAAUACGGCUUACUUGAAAGUGAACCAUCCAUGUUAAGUUUACCAACAUUGGAUCCCUUUAAAACAGUAUCUAAUGAAAAUAAUAUAUUGAAUUUAACGGAAGGAAAUAUCGCUGUUAUCCCAUGUGAAUUACCCAAUGGCAAUCCUCGGCCAAUUCCUAUAUUUACAUUGGAUAAUAAUCAAAUAGAAAUCGACUCGAAUUCAAAUCGAUACAAAGUUUUACCAAGUGGAAAUUUACAUAUCAUUGAUGUUCAACAAUCCGACGCCGGCAAAUAUCAAUGUUCAGCAAUGAAUUCUGUGACCGGACAAAUCGUCAAUAAUAGUCAAAUAACGACUUUACAUAUUACAAAGAAACCUUCGAAUAAUAAAGAUCGCUUACCAUUAACAACUGUAUAUAAACCACCUGUUGCAUCAAGAGUACUCGUUGGAAAUAAUUUUUCAAUUGAGUGUGUCAUUGACGGAUGGCCACAACCGACUGUCGAAUGGGAGAAAUACGGCGAUGUUCUACCGGAAAAACGAAAUGAAGUUUUGCAUGGAACUUUAUAUUUGUAUGAUAUACGUUUGGAUGAUCGCGGAACUUACAUAUGUCGAGCUUCGAGUUCGAACGGACAAUCAGAUAUUGCUUAUACGGCUUUGUUGGAAGUUUUGGAACCUCCGAAAAUUAUCCAACGUCCGGAUUCAGUCAUACGAAUUAAUCAAGGAGAGAGUGUCUCAAUUAAAUGCGGAUUUCGUGGUCGACCUGAACCUCUGAUUAGUUGGUUAUAUAAUGGAGAAGAAAUUAUCAUUAAUGGAUCGCCUGUAACAGGAGGAAUCUUAUCAUUGAAUCAACCGAAGGAAGGAAUCUACCAAUGUAUCGGUCGCAAUGCUUAUGGAAUCGCACAGGCUAAUACCGUACUCAUUCAACCGAAUAACACCCAAGUAGAAAAAAAACUUGAUGAAAAUAUUCCAGCAAAAACAUCCCUUAUCGUCAUUGGCCCGAAUAACAUCACUGUCUAUGAAGGUGAAACUAUUCAAUUGCAUUGUCUAACUCAAACAGGUUCUACUGUUCAAUGGUUACAUAAUAACGAAAUGAUCCAACCGAAUUUAAUGCGUCGAUAUGAAAUGCUUCCCUCCGGUGGAUUACGUAUUGUUUCCGCACAAAAGUCUGAUAGCGGCAUUUACGAAUGUGUGGCGUCGAAAAUCGGAUUCGGCACAAGUACAUCGAAAUGCUUUGUUCAUAUACAAGGUUUGGAUAUGAAUGUUCCUGACAAACCGAACGCCGUCUUUCCACCUGCUCGCAUCGGAGGAAAACUUGAAAUAAUCGAUAUCAAUCAAAUUAACAACAAUGCCGUUGAAAUACAGUGGAAAAUGAUUGAAAGAUUUGAUAUCAGCGUUCAAAUUCAGUACCGUUUAAUCUAUCCUAAAACUGCCUGGACUACAGAUGAUCAAGUAUACAAUCAAUCCACUACUCGUGGUACAAUUUCCAAUCUUGAAAACGAUCAAGUGUAUAAAUUUCGUUUGAUUGCUUUCGAUUCCAAUGGAAGACAAUUGAUGUUAAGUGCAGCUAAACGAUUUAUUAUCAAACCUUUCGGUCAAUUGAACCUGCCAAUUCCACAAAUCAUGGAUGCGGGAAUCACAUCCGAUGGACAAAUCAGUCUUAAAUGGCAUGUCAAUGAAUCGGAGAGUGAUACAAUCGACGGUUUCAUUAUUUAUUAUCGUUUAAUCAAUGGAAAGAAUGAGAACUAUACGACGAAAACGAUUCCUAAUUUACGUUUUCCGUUGAUUGAUACUUAUACGAUUUCAUCAGCCAUUGAACCCAAUGAAAAAUAUGAAUUACGUAUGGCUACUUAUUCCAAUCGUGGUUUGAGUGCGAUGAGCAAUUCAAUUGAAAUUACCACUCCAGCAUCUAUCACAGAACGUCGUUCACAUGCAAAUGCCAAAGAUUCGAUGAAGAAUCUCGAUGAAAUUCUGGAAAAUAUUACUAAAACGCAAAAUCCCACACGAGUCUUAUAUGAUUUAGCAACACCUGAAGCACCAACGGCAACAUCUGGACAUAAAAACUCCGAUAUGCUCUAUUUAACAAUCGGGAUUAUAUCUGGCAUUUUACUCAUUUUAGUCGUUAUUCUCAUUGUCAUGUGUUUACUACGAAUAUUUCAGCGAAAGAAAUUUCUCGCACACAUGAAAUCUGUCAAUGGAUCAGAAUUCUAUUGUGAUGGCCUACACAAAACUUUAAAUCCUGAUUAUGCAACUACACCUUGUCUCCAACAUGGUGUUGUCGCUGUUGAUGGUAAACUAAUUCCAUUUGCAUAUCCAACCAACUCCAAACCAACUAUGCUUUGGAAUGGUCAACCACCGCUACCACAUAGCUCAACAACAACGACAACCGAUAAUGGAACUAUGCGACUAAAUCCCAAUCCAAUGAAUCGCUUAGACAAUACUAAUAAUACGAAUGAUCCACCGGACAACUUUUAUCAUACUCUAACACCCUAUAGCACCCACAGUCCAUAUGAAGAACAUUCGUGUACAUUUAAUCAACCGACUGUAUUCGGUUAUACAACUGAACGUACAAAUCUUACGACAUGUCCAAUUCAUCAUCGUAUUGUAAACUAUCCAUCGGAUACAUUUCCAAUGAAAGGUACAAUCAACAAAUCGGAGAAUUCCACGAAUAAGAAAGUCAAUGGAAUUGUUUUAUCAUCACCCACAAACGGCACACCUUAUCAUCAUUUUCACCAUCAUCACCUCCAUGGCACAUGUCAGCGACAUACAAAACCCAAACAGUUAAUCACACCCACACUGAAUGAAAAUGAUCAACAACAUGACUUAUGUGAUCGAAGUUUUUCAUCAUCAUCAGCUGGGGGCGGUGGUAGCAGCGCACACUAUUGUACACAUUCGUCCAAUGAUUCGACACGACCAUUGAUUCAUUCAAUAGAUCAUCAACAAGCGAAUGAUCAUUCAGCACCAGGAAGUACAGGUUCAUCCUCUCAUUCAUCAAGCGGUCUAGGCUCGUCGAUCGAAUCUCCGUAUAAUCAUUGGAAAUAUCUCACACCUUUAUCUGUAACAACAAACAAUGAUUCAACAAACUUCAUGUCAGAUAAUAAACUACCUCCAACAUCGAACGAACAUUCAUCUCUGACAAAACCUUUCGAGCCAGUAUCCAUGUCAUCGACGUAA